AUGAAAUAUGACGUGAUACGAAUUGUAUUUAUUAUUAUUUUAUCUGCUGAUUUACACUCCUCAGCACUUUAUCUAAAUCAUAAUUUUAGUGGAAGGCUGAAACACAACUUUUAUUCCUUCCGCUAUUUGUACAUUACACAGCCAAAUAUUUCACACUGGAAACCAAGUAAUAUUCGUGAAAAAUAUGUAAAUGCCAGAGAAACAGCUGGUAGAGCCUCGAUUCUGUCUGCUCUCAACCCCAAGAAUGCUGAGUUACACCCUGAAUCCCUUAGUGGAGUAGAACCUAAGAUAACUCCCGAAGAGCUGGAAAAACUUAAGAAGAAAGGUUUGCUGGACGGAGAUGUCAAGAGUUGGAGAAACUGGCACAUUGUAACCAGAGGUAGAACGCUCGUUUUCCAUGAUUCUGUAGGAGAAUGGGAUGACAUUGGGACUAAAAUGCUUCCAGAGGCUGACAAAAACUUGAAGAUUACGGAACCGUACGCUCUGAGAAAGCCGCUCAAGUAUUGGGGAUUUUUGAGGGGAAUAGACGACAACAUAAUGUCGUAUCCGAUCAUGCAGGAGUACUACCGGGACACCUACGGGAAAAUAGACGUCCACGAACACGGAGGGAAUAAUCCCCUCUACAACCCGUUGCUGUUCCAGCCGUUCUAUGGGAUGGACAAGGACCGCAAGGGCAUCGGAUACCACGCGCCCAUGCUGUUCAAGGGCUGGAUUGGAGGGGACAAGAAUACCCCAACCAAGGUCAAGGAGGCGAGCGAUAUCAUAAGGAUACCUGACAGCGGGAGGCUGUACCAAAAGUUUUACAUGGGACCCUACCCUGUCACCAUGGGAUGGACCAUAGGGUCACUGCUGAAGGUGAUGACACUGUCCAGGUGCCCUGGCCACGCAAUAGUUGCGCUCAAAAUCCAUAAUAUGGAAAAGGAUACGACGGUGCCAGGCGUCCACGACGACCUGCUGAACAUAGCCUUGAACUUGAAAUCGGUUUCGUUGCAGACCCUGGAACCAGGCAGGGAAGCGCGAGUGAGGACCUUGAUUAAGGGGCCUGCCAUGCUGUGCGCAGGAGCUCUAGAAUGGCCCCCGUUCGUCAAGGUGGCGAACCCUGAGACGUAUAUCACGAAGCUCGAUGAGGGCGCGGAGUUAGACCUGGAGAUAAAGAUUGAAUGGGGACGGGGCUUUUGGAUAGCUGACACCAAGGGGCUCUACCGGACUGAGGAGGGCGCGGACUCCCUGUGCCACAAGAGGAGGAACAUAAAGGAGGUGGACGAGGAGGACUUCUAUCCGACCAGCUGCGUCUUCGGAGGAUGCAGAAUGAUACGGCUGUCAGUGCAUAAGCUGAUGGGCCAGAGGUGGUGUGCAAUGACGUAUACGUGCCCAGAUCCCAUGGAUCAGCUGGUCGUAGAGAUAUGGACCGACGUGUCGACGACGCCCAAGGACGUGCUGGACUUCGGCCUGACUGAAGUGAUCGCCUGGAUCACUGAGCUGAAGAGGCAGAUCUCCCACGACGUGGACUUUGAAAACGAAGAUGAGCAGCUGAAGGACGUGUGGGAAAAGAUUGACAAGUACGGGUCACUCAAACACAGGCAGGAGCUUAUGGGCGGUCCACCGGUGGUGCCUCUGCACGAAUCUGGCAUUAUUCCCAACUUAAAGGAGAGCGACUGCCACUAUCUGCACCCUGGCGAUCACAAAAGGAUCCCGCAGGCUCCCUUUUCGCUCCCAAAUGACAGACCAGAUAGACCCAGUCUGGACACGUUGCAAUGGCUAGCCGAGCAGCUUCAGAGUGAAGAGUACGAGGACGAGUCGGAAAUAAAUGCGAAGAACUAUGAAAAAUUCGUGCCCAAACCCGUGGAAGAUACCUUUGAAAACAAGGACAUUGACCUUCUGCCAGUAAACGCGGAAAUGAUUGCAUCGCUUAGAAUGAGCGGCUUUAACACCAUGUCUGACAUCAUGGGCUUUACCGUCGAGGAGCUGUCUCACUACCCAGGGUUUACGGUGGAUGCCGCCAGGAGCAUUAAAAGCUUCCUCGAUGAGAACAGAACACCUAAUGUUUAA